AUGCGGUUAUCGAAUACUAUCGUUUAUUCCACCUUCGUUGUGGUUUGCUAUUCCUUCGUUAUUAGACCUCGUGAAGAAAGUUCUGUUGGGUCAGCGUUGUUGGGUGAUGUGCCACAAGAAGGCCCGACCACAACUAGCCCUGUUCCACCAGUUUCUUUGGCAACACCCCUUACUAGUGGCUUGGCCCCAGCAGUUUCUUUGCCAUCUCCCAUUACCACUAGUGAAGUGGUUCCAUCUGUUUCAUUGCCCUCGCCAAUUUCUGACGUGCUGAGUGCAAUUCCCAUUGUUUCGGCUCCAGCCGCUUUGUUUAGUGAUUCCGAUCCAGUUGCUUCGGUUGGUGAUUCAGCUACUGCUUCUAAUAGUGUAGCUCCAGCUGGUUUCCAUAACUCGUUGCCAACCGUUUCACACCCAACUCAUUCAUGGCCAUCACAUUCAUGGCCAUCACAUUCAUGGCCAUCACACACUUGGCCAUCACAUUCAUGGCCAUCACAUUCAUGGCCAUCACACUCACACCCAACUCAUUCGUGGCCAUCCCACACUUGGCCAUCACAUUCAUGGCCAUCCCACACUUGGCCAUCACAUUCGUGGCCAUCCCACUCACACCCAACUCAUUCAUGGCCAUCACAUUCGUGGCCAUCCCACUCACACCCAACUCAUUCAUGGCCAUCACACUCAUGGCCAUCACAUUCAUGGCCAUCACACUCAUGGCCAUCACACUCACACCCAACUCAUUCGUGGCCAUCCCACACUUGGCCAUCACAUUCAUGGCCAUCACAUUCGUGGCCAUCACACACUUGGCCAUCACAUUCAUGGCCAUCACACUCAUGGCCAUCACACUCACAUCCAACUCAUUCAUGGCCACCAGAAGAGUCAACAACCACUAUUACAACUACAGAAAUAACUACUACUACUUGUCACCACCACGAGUGCUAUCCAACUACCAUCACUACCGGUGUGACCACAAUUACAGAACAUGAAACCACAUACACCACAUGGUGCCCAAUCCCAACUGAAACAGUUACCGUUCCAGAAACAACAGUUGUUACAAUCACCGAAUGUACGCAUGAUGUUUGUACCACUAAGCCAGUUACUACUGGUGUCACUACGAUUACUGAGAUUGAAACCACAUACACUACGUGGUGUCCAUUACCAACCACUGAAGCUCCAACUGAACAACCACACCCUUCUAGUGGCGGUCCAGGCUCAAUUGAAACUGAAACUGAAACUGAAAUAGAGACUACAAUCAUCAUCAUCACAUCAUGCGAUGAGAAAACGUGUACUGCAGUUCCAAUUACUACUGGUGUAACUACCGUUACCAAUGUUGAAACUACAUACACCACCUACUGCCCAUUAACAACUCCUGAGCAACCUACUCCUGAGAAACCUACUCCUGAGAAACCUACUCCUGAGCAACCUACUCCUGAGCAACCUACCCCUGAGCAACCUACUCCUGAGCAACCUACUCCUGAGCAACCUACUCCUGAGCAACCUACUCCUGAGCAACCAACUACUGUUGCUGCUGAAUCUUCUUCCCCAGCUGAACAGAAUCCUCCUUCACCAACCAUCUCAGAAAUAUCUGAAGCUAUUGGCGCAGUCAAGUCGAUUUCAUUUAUGGCUGGAUUAUUGGCUCUAGGUGCUGCUUUGUUUUAA